AUGACCACUCCGCGACGGAAGGCAUGUGUCGAGUGCCGACAGCAAAAGAUCCGAUGUGAUGUCGAGCAGCACAAGGUACCGCAUGACCCAUGCGGCCGCUGCAAGAAGAUGGGCCUCGAAUGCCGCAUUCUUCCCACGUCGACCAGGAACCUGCGCCAAACAAAGGCUGAGAUGCGACGCGAAUUGGAAGAGUUGCGAUGGAAUAUGAGGCAGGGGCAGAAUCCUGGCGAUGCAAACUACCCGCAAUCGACAGCAUCACCGACCGUCGACAUGCAAAACUACGGUCCGCUCGAACACGCUUCGGGCACAUAUUCUGAUCCUUCCGGAAGGACAGAUGCAUCAGAUUCCAUGUCACCAGCUUUCGACUCGCGGCCACCGACGCGAAAAGGUUCCGAUCAUCACGGCACGGUACCGCGUGUGAUUGAUGGCUACCUGCUCGAUUCAAAGAGAAUCGACGAUUGCUUCACCAUUUACUUCACCCAAUACCAUCCACUGUUUCCUAUCUUGGACCCUUCAAUAGGGCCGAAUGACUAUUAUGACCAAUCGCCGUUCUUGUUUUGGACUAUCGUGGUCACGGGAUCGCGGCGGUACUCUGAACAUGAAGUCCUAGAAAGGACGAGCCAGCCCAUCACCCAGCUCGCGUUCUCUUCAAUGGCGCUACGCACCUCACAAGUUCCGAUCAUCCAAGGUCUACUGAUUCUGUGCACAUGGCGACUACCCACCAACUCAAUGUACAAAGAUACGACACACCUCAUGUGUGGAUCGGCAGUACAUCUAGCAACACAGAUUGGUCUGCACAUAGCAGGUGUUGGCCAGGAUUUUGCUAGGACGCCGCUUGAGAAGGACCAGUCGCUCAAGGUGCAACGUGCCAGGCUCUGGCUGUGUUGCGUCAUCGUUUCGAUAAGAACGAGCUGUGUUGAAGGUAUACCACCUCUUGCUGAGUCAUUCUUCGAUGGCGAUGAACAAGACCGUGAAGACAUGGUUCCAUACCUCCCGUCUGACCUGCAAUUCCUGCACAAAGUCUACAUCAUCCUUAUGCGUGCCAUGGUUGCCAUGGGCAAGACCAACUUACAGUCCAUUCAUUGUGAUGUCCGUGUAUUACGAUCAUUGAUUGGCAUAUUCGACUCGCAACUCCUCAGCUUGGCCCCAUCUUCUCCAAGUGAACUCGAUACCCUGCAACUCAGCUGUGCACGUAUUCACGUAAUGGCGUUCCAUUUCUUCGCCCACCCCACGAACCCUGGACCCGAUGCCGAGGGUCUGUCACGAUUCUACUCCCUUUGCAUCUCAGUUAUCCAAUCCGCUUCGACGAUGCAGACGACACAAAAGAUCUUCUUACCCUCCGUCUCACAAUCAUUCAUUGACCGAACUAUUACUCUGGCUGGGUUUACCAUUCUUAGACUCGUUCGAAGUCCGCUUGCUCAACAUCUGGAUGUACUUGCGGGCGAGCGAGCUUUCUCACAAGCGUAUGAUUUCCUUAAGAACGUCUCUUUACAACCAGGAGAUAUCCAUUUCCGAACUGCGCACAUCAUGAAGGAUUUAUGGGGUAGCGACAAGGUGUUCCGUAAGAAGGAUGGCCGUGUGGAAUCGCUAUAUCUGAGGCUAAGGACGCGAUUGAGCAUGAGCAUUAGUUACGACAUGUUCUGGUACUGGCGAGAAGAGUUCAGCAACAUGAAGAAUCCGUACGGCGACGAAGUAACUCUUUCGCACGAGAACGUCCAGCAGAACCCACCUCAAUACCCAUCCCAACAACAACAACAACAACAACACCCACAGCAGCACCAGCAGCAACUUCCGGAUCCUUCGAUGAGACAGCAACAACAACUCCCAGUGACCAAAUUCGACCCUAGCUUGGUGAAUCCUCAGAUGCAACAGGACCCGUCCGUAAUGAGCUUCGAUGCCUGGGAAGGUCCAGACUAUGGAGUGCCGCCAAUGCUAGAUCAAUUUCCCGAUUACGACUGGGCGGCCGGAUUUGAGUUCUCGAAUGCGGAAAUGCCCAAUGUGCCGGUUGGCCCUAUGAAUCCAAUGAUGACAGCACCAGGGCCUGGAGGCGCACCGAAUAUGGGAUAUACCUACGGUUAG